CUCGCCUAUAAGGCGGGGGCCGGCGGGGCCGUGGGAGCGCGCGGGAGCGCACGGCGGGGCGCGGCCGACGCUGGGACGCGGCGCACGGAGGGACGCGGCCGGCGCCCAUGGCGUUCGCGCUGCUGCGGCCCGUCGGCGCGCACGUGCUGUACCCGGACGUGCGGCUGCUGAGCGAGGACGAGGAGAACCGCAGCGAGAGCGACGCGUCGGACCAGUCUUUCGGCUGCUGCGAGGGCCUGGAGGCGGCGCGGCGCGGCCCGGGCCCCGGGGGCGGGCGGCGGGCGGGCGGCGGCGCGGGCCCCGUGGUGGUGGUGCGACAGCGGCAGGCGGCCAACGCGCGGGAGCGGGACCGCACUCAGAGCGUGAACACGGCCUUUACGGCGCUGCGCACGCUCAUCCCCACCGAGCCGGUGGACCGCAAGCUGUCCAAGAUCGAGACGCUGCGCCUGGCGUCCAGCUACAUCGCGCACCUGGCCAACGUGCUGCUGCUGGGCGACUCGGCCGACGACGGGCAGCCGUGCUUCCGCGCCGCCGGCAGUGCCAAGAGCGCCGUCCCCGCCGCCGCCGACGGCGGCCGCCAGCCGCGCUCCAUCUGCACCUUCUGCCUCAGCAACCAGCGCAAGGGGGGUGGCCGUCGUGACCUGGGGGGCAGCUGCUUGAAGGUGAGGGGGGUGGCCCCCCUUCGAGGGCCACGGAGAUGAGCCUGGACCCUGGAGAAGGAGGCCAGGAGCCAGCCACUGGCUGGACAGGGAAGAAGACCCCAGGAGCCAAGCCCACCCCUUCUUUGUGUAGGGACCAGGGGACCAUGGCCUGGGUCCCGGACACUCUGGGCAGGGCCCUCGGGACAUCUCCACCCGAUCCUGGAGAGCUGUGAGGAUCCAUUCAGCCUGCCCAGCUCUGGCUGGUCAGAGACAAGGCAGAACUUUUGGAAAAACAAAGACUGUUGGUGACAGAGGGUGUGCGUGUAUCUGAGCGUGAGUGUGAGUGUGUGUGAGAGAGAACUGGUGAGUUUAAAAUAAAAGCUAUUUUUAAAUAAAA